CUUAACUGCAAUAAAAAAGCCACCUCGGACACAAGACCAUCCUUCAAGACUAUGGGGCGCACCGGGGAUAAUUCCUCAGGGUCUGGACCGGAACAUGCGGGGAAAUGGCAGGGACCAAGAUCCAAGCUCGCCAAGAUGAACCAUCGGCUCCGAGUGACCGAGUUACCGAAAAUGGCAUCCAACAUCAACGGAACAAGGCUCGCCGGCAACGGAACUAAGCCCACCGUCGUGACGUCCUGGACAAUGGCCCGUACUUCCGAAUUUUGCUACAACCGUCACCGGAUAUAA